AUGGCGGCGGCGGCGGCGAUCUCCGGAGGACGGGCGGCGCUGGUGGUGGCCGCCGUCCUGUGCGCGGUGGCGGGUAUGGCGGCGGCGCAGCAGGCGUCCAACGUGCGGGCGACGUACCACUACUACAACCCGCAGCAGAACAACUGGAACCUCAACGCCGUCAGCGCCUACUGCUCCACGUGGGACGCCGACAAGCCGCUGUCGUGGCGCCAGAAGUACGGCUGGACUGCCUUCUGCGGGCCCGCCGGGCAAAAGGGCCAGGCCUCCUGCGGCAAGUGCAUCCGGGUGACGAACCGUGCGACGGGCGCGUCCAUCGUGGCGAGGAUCGUGGACCAGUGCAGCAACGGCGGCCUGGACCUGGACUACGAGACGGUGUUCAAGAAGAUCGACACCGACGGGCAGGGAUACCAGAUGGGACACCUCAACGUCAACUACCAGUUCGUCGCCUGCUGA